AUGGCUCAGCAGGGCUUCGGGGGCGGCAGAGGGGAGUCCUGCGGGCAGCGUGUUGGGGUGACAGCCCCGGGGAGCUGGCGUGGGCAGAGCCAGGCUGUCACGGCAGAGGCCAGGCCGAGGCAACAGCCGGGAUGCUCCAGCGCGGCCCCGGUGCCGCCUCCUUUCCCACCCACAAACUCCAUCCCGAACCCCGACCUGCCCCCGGACAGGGUCCCGCGUAGCCAGAGCGCACGGCCCCAGGCUCCCGCUGCAGCCGCAGCCCCAGGCUCCCGGCCCCGCUCCGGCCGAGCCCAGAGUCUGCUCCCGGGGCUGGAGUCCCCGGGCCGCUGCCUCCCUGCCCCGGGCUGCUGCCUCCCUGCCCCGGGCCGCGGCCUCCCUGCCCCGGCUCCCGCGGGACCCGGCGGGCGGCGACACCGCGGGGAACGGGACGGGGGCGGCAGCGGGGAGCGACAGGCGGAGCGGGGCAGGAACGGAGCGACAGGCGGAGCGGGGACAGGAACGGAGCUACAGGCGGAGCGGGGCAGGAACGGAGCGACAGGCGGAGCGGGGCAGGAACCGAGCUACAGGCGGAGCGGGGCAGGAACGGAGCGACAGGCGGAGCGGGGACAGGAACGGAGCUACAGGCGGAGCGGGGCAGGAACGGAGCGACAGGCGGAGCGGGGACAGGAACGGAGCGACAGGCGGAGCGGGGCAGGAACCGAGCUACAGGCGGAGCGGGGCAGGAACGGAGCGACAGGCGGAGCGGGGACAGGAACGGAGCUACAGGCGGAGCGGGGCAGGAACGGAGCGACAGGCGGAGCGGGGACAGGAACGGAGCGACAGGCGGAGCGGGGCAGGAACCGAGCUACAGGCGGAGCGGGGCAGGAACCGAGCUACAGGCGGAGCGGGGCAGGAACCGAGCGACAGGCGGAACCGGCGGGGAACGGAGCAACAGGAGGGAGCGGGGAGAGGAGCGGAGCUACAGGCGGAGCGGGGCAGGAACCGAGCGACAGGCGGAGCGGGGACAGGAACCGAGCGACAGGCGGAGCGGGGCAGGAACGGAGCGACAGGCGGAGCGGGGACAGGAACGGAGCGACAGGCGGAGCGGGGCAGGAACGGAGCGACAGGCGGAGCGGGGACAGGAACGGAGCGACAGGCGGAGCGGGGCAGGAACCGAGCUACAGGCGGAGCGGGGACAGGAACGGAGCGACAGGCGGAGCGGGGCAGGAACCGAGCUACAGGCGGAGCGGGGCAGGAACCGAGCUACAGGCGGAGCGGGGACAGGAACCGAGCGACAGGCGGAGCGGGGCAGGAAUGGAGCGACAGGCGGAGCGGGGCAGGAACCGAGCUACAGGCGGAGCGGGGCAGGAACGGAGCGACAGGCGGAGCGGGGACAGGAACGGAGCGACAGGCGGAGCGGGGACAGGAACGGAGCGACAGGCGGAGCGGGGACAGGAACGGAGCGACAGGCGGAGCGGGGCAGGAACGGAGCGACAGGCGGAGCGGGGACAGGAACGGAGCGACAGGCGGAGCGGGGCAGGAACGGAGCGACAGGCGGAGCGGGGACAGGAACGGAGCGACAGGCGGAGCGGGGCAGGAACCGAGCUACAGGCGGAGCGGGGACAGGAACGGAGCGACAGGCGGAGCGGGGCAGGAACCGAGCUACAGGCGGAGCGGGGCAGGAACCGAGCUACAGGCGGAGCGGGGACAGGAACCGAGCGACAGGCGGAGCGGGGCAGGAAUGGAGCGACAGGCGGAGCGGGGCAGGAACCGAGCUACAGGCGGAGCGGGGCAGGAACCGAGCGACAGGCGGAGCGGGGACAGGAACGGAGCGACAGGCGGAGCGGGGACAGGAACGGAGCGACAGGCGGAGCGGGGACAGGAACGGAGCGACAGGCGGAGCGGGGCAGGAACGGAGCGACAGGCGGAGCGGGGACAGGAACGGAGCGACAGGCGGAGCGGGGACAGGAACGGAGCGACAGGCGGAGCGGGGACAGGAACGGAGCGACAGGCGGAACCGGCGGGGAACGGAGCAACAGGAGGGAGCGGGGAGAGGAGCGGAGCUACAGGCGGAGCGGGGCAGGAACCGAGCGACAGGCGGAGCGGGGAGAGGAACCGAGCUACAGGCGGAACCGGCGGCGGAACCGGCGGGGAACGGAGCAACAGGAGGGAGAGGGAGAGGAGCGAAGCUACAGGCGGAGCGGGGACAGGAACCGACCGACAGGCGGAACGGGGAGGGGAACGGAGCAACAGGCGGAACGGAGCAACAGGCGGAGCGGCAUCGAGGCGCGGAGCGGGGUCAGGAUCGGGGUGCGGAGCGGGAUCAGGGUGCGGAGCGGGAUCGGGGUGCGGAGCGGGAUCGGGGUGCGGAGCGGGGUCAGGAUCGGGGGAGGGGAGGAAAGGGGAGGGGAGGGAAGGGGGGGGGGGAGGGGAGGGGAGAGGAGGGGAGGAAAGGGG